AUGGCGGAUGUUGUCAAUUCGAAGGCGCCCAAGCCGACCCUUUUCAUCGACGGACAGUGGCGCCAUUCCUCGUGGGGAAAGAGUCGACCGACAAUCAAUCCCUUUGAUGCGAACGUGAUUACAACCGUCGACGAAGCCUCCCCGCAAGAUGCACUGGCAGCCAUUAAAUCGGCUCGCGCCUUCCACGACUCGUCCUCGUGGCCCCGCCAGUCAUUUGCGUCGCGUGCUCCCCUACUGACAAGGAUCGCCGACCUGCUGCAGAGGGACCGCAAGGUGCUGGCCGAGAUCGAAGUACAGGACACGGGAAAGACGCUGGCAGAGGCCGAGACGGACGUUGACGACGUUACCGCUGUCUUUCGCUUCUACGCAGAAGAAGGUCCCAAGAUGGACCGUGAAAAGGUUGUGAAAGGAGAUGGGAUUCCCAAGAGUGUCCGAAGUCGCAUCGUAAAGGAAGCGGUGGGCGUCUGCGUCCUCAUUGCUCCGUGGAACUAUCCGUUGCUGCAAAUUUGCUGGAAGCUCGGACCUGCGCUCGUGGCCGGGAAUUCGGUCAUCGUCAAGCCCUCGGAGGUAACACCUCUCUCGACGGUUCACCUGCACAAGCUCAUGAUCGAGGCCGGCAUCCCCCCAAAGGCGAUCCAGUUGCUGACCGCUGGUGGCCAGAGCGUAGGGCCCACGCUGACCGAAUCGCCCGACGUGGACCUGGUCUCGUUCACCGGCGGCUUGUCGACGGGCAAGAGCAUCAUCAAGAGCUGCGCAGACAGCAUCAAGCGAUGCUGCGUGGAGCUGGGAGGCAAAAACCCAAACAUCGUCUUUGCAGACACGCCACUCGAUCUGGCAAUCGAUGUCAUUCUCACGGCCGUCUUUCUGCACGCCGGCCAAGUCUGCAGCUCUGGCACGAGGCUGAUCAUCGAAGACAAAGGUACUUUUGCAGACGAAGUCGUCAGGGGCGUCGUGGAGCGGGCACAGCGAAUCUCGCUUGGCAACGGCAUGGACCCCCAGUCAGAGUCUGGGCCGCUCGUCUCUCUGGCACAUCUCAACAAAGUCAAGGCAUUCGUAGAGCUCGGGAAGAGCGAAGGCGCAAAGCUUCUCUGCGGCGGCUCCCAGCCUGACGCAGUCCGGAGACCGGACCUGGCAAAGGGCUACUUCUUCCUACCCACCGUGUUUGACCACUGCCACCGCGAGAUGCGCAUCGUACACGAAGAGACAUUCGGGCCAAUCCUCACCGUCGAGAGAUUCCCUGCCGGCGACGAGGAGCGCGCCAUAUAUCUGGGAAAUGAUACCAAAUAUGGACUGGCCGGUGGCGUCCAGACGAGCGACGUCGAGCGAGGGGCGAGGGUGGCCAAGCGUCUGCGCCACGGAACGGUGUGGACAAACACCUUUGGAAGCUACACGCCCCGGGCAGAGUGGGGUGGUUUUGGCAUGAGUGGAAAUGGUCGGGAACUCGGCAGCGCAGGACUGGAUGAGUACGUCGAGAGCAAGCAUCUCUACACCGAGACGGCCCCGGCCCCUGCGGGCUGGUUUAAAGGACAGAGCAAGCUGUGA